GGUAGAAGACCUUUUUGGGAUCGAAAUCAUGAUACAGAACUUAUUAUUGAAAUUUUUGAUGGUUUACGACCACCUAUUGUAACAAAUGCACCUAACGGCUAUAUUGAAUUAAUGAAAGAAUGCUGGCAUUCCGAUCCAGAAAAAAGGCCACAUGCCACUGAUAUAUAUGACAAAAUUGAUAAAAUGAAAGACGAGGAAUGGAAAAAUUCCUGUAAUAAAAACCCAACCGAAAUUGUAAAAUCAUCAGAUAUUGGACCUGUAACGACUAAUAACCCAAAUGCAAUUUACAAGAGUAGAAAUUUAAGCGGCAUGAUCAGUACUGCAAUGUCUUUAAGGAGUUUAAGAAGUCAUCAAUCUAUUAACUUAGGAAAUAUAGCAGGUAAAAGAAAAUAUGAAAAUGAUUUAAUUGAAGACAAAAAUGAUAGUGAUUAUCUUUCAGAAGAAAUCAAAUUUGAUAUCGAUAUAAAUUUUAAUAAUAAUGGAUAUUAUGAAAUUUUCAGAGUUCCAGCUUUUAAAUAA